UCCUUGUUCACACAAAAUGCUGUCGUCCGUUCUUCUGCGCAAUGCGCGCUCCUUCUCCACUGUGGCCCGCCCCGCUGCUGCCGCUGCUGCCGCCGCCGCCUCUGCCGCUGCCACCAAGGUGCCCACCACCAAGCUCUACAUCAACGGCGAGUUUGUCGAGUCGCAGACCAAGGAGUGGAUUGACGUCCACAACCCCGCCACCCAGGAGGUCGUCACUCGCGUGCCCGUGGCCACCCAGGCCGAGAUGCAGGCUGCCACCGCUGCCGCUGCCGCCGCUUACAAGACUUGGAAGAAGACGUCUCCCAUCCAGCGCCAGGGCAUCAUGCUCAAGCUCCAGCACCUCGUUCGCGCCAACAUGGGCGACAUUGCUCGCUCCAUCACGAUCGAGCAGGGCAAGACCCUUGCUGACGCCGACGGCGACGUUCUUCGCGGCCUCCAGGUUGUCGAGCAUGCCUGCAGCAUUCCCUCGCUGCUGCUCGGUGACACGCUCGGCUCGCUCAGCGCCGAUCUUGACACUUACACCUACCGCGAGCCGAUUGGUGUCUGCGCUGGCAUCACCCCCUUCAACUUCCCUGCCAUGAUCCCGCUGUGGAUGUUCCCGCUCGCCAUUGCCUGCGGCAACACGUACGUGCUCAAGCCCUCCGAGCGCAACCCGACCGCGGCCAUGAAGCUCGUGUCCCUCGCUGCUGAGGCUGGCGUCCCCAAGGGUGUCUUGAACGUCAUCCACGGCUCGAUCGACUCUGUCAACUACAUUUGCGACGCCCCCGAGAUUCGCGCCAUCUCCUUUGUCGGCUCCGACCGCGCUGGUCUCCACAUUUACUCGCGUGGCUCGGCCAACGGCAAGCGCGUCCAGGCCAACAACGGUGCCAAGAACCACGGCAUCAUCAUGCCCGACGCCAACAAGGAGCACACCCUCAACUCGCUCGUCGGCGCCGCUUUCGGUGCUGCCGGCCAACGCUGCAUGGCUCUCUCGACCGCCGUCUUUGUCGGCGAGGCCCGCAAGUGGAUUCCCGAGCUGAUUGAGCGCUCGCGCGAGCUCAAGGUCGGAAGCGGCCUCGACUCGGCCACCCAAGUCGGCCCUCUGAUUUCGCCCCAGGCCAAGAAGCGCGUUCUCUCGCUCAUCCAGUCCGGCGUUGACGAAGGCGCCAAGCUCUUGCUCGACGGACGCGACGUCACCGUCCCCGGCUUUGAGAAGGGCAACUUUGUUGGCCCCACCAUCCUCGCCGAUGUCACUCCCUCGAUGAAGUGCUACAAGGAGGAGAUUUUCGGCCCCGUUCUUGUCUGCCUCUCCGCCGAGACCCUUGACGAUGCCAUCCAAAUCAUCAACAACAACCCUUACGGCAACGGCACUGCCAUUUUCACCAACAAUGGCGCUAUUGCUCGCAAGUUCACCAACGAGGUCGAUGCCGGCCAGAUUGGCAUCAACGUCCCGAUCCCAGUGCCGCUGCCCAUGUUCUCCUUCACUGGCUCUCGCAAGUCCUUCUUCGGCGACCUCAACUUCUACGGCAAGGCCGGUGUCCAGUUCUACACCCAGCUCAAGACCGUCACCUCGCUCUGGAAGGAGACUGACGCGACCACCCGCGCUGCCGCCGUCUCGAUGCCCACCAUGCGUUAAAACAAAAAAAUGAGUGUGUAGCUGUCCCCGUUGAUGUACGCUUGUGCUGGUUUUUGUUCUUCUUUUUUUUCGCAUUAUUACAAUUGAUGAUUUGAGCUCUGGCCGCC